CGAGAUUUUAUAGUAGUUCUGGUCAGGUUGAACAAUGACCACCUACGAAAUCAAAGUCAAGACAGGAGACCGAUUCGGCGCUGGCACGGACGCUAAUGUAGAAAUAGUCCUCCUUGAUGGCUCUAAAAAGCAAACCAAACCUGCUUAUCUAGACAACUGGUUUAGAAACGAUUUUGAGCGCAACCAAUUGGACGUCUUUACAAUCGUUGAUGAAACAGAUAUACCCGAAGUCACCGAGAUUAAAUUAAAAAGAGAUCAGACAGGGCUAUUCAGCGAUUGGUUUGUUGACACGAUAGAAGUGACUAAUGUAACAAGUGGAGUUUCGUCACUUUUUCCGAUUCUUCGAUGGAUUCGCCCCGACGUUGACAUACAUUUUACGAUAUAUGAUACUUUUCUGCCUCAGUAUGAUCCCAGACCAGAACAGCGAAAUUUAGAAAUUAAGGAGAAACAAAUGCUAUAUGAGUAUCAAGUGAAACGGCCUGGAUUACCUGUACAGAUAAAGAAUCUUCCUGAUGAUGAACAGUUUUCCGAUUCACAUAUGUGGGAUCUGCUUACAAGAAAAUACACCAUAAUGGCUGGAAAGACUGUGGAGAUGAUUUUUGGACAAACGGCUUGGGAUACUUUAGAGGACAUGAAAAGUGUAUUUUCUAACAUUUUCGGAAACCCUUUGGAUAUGGAUGUUUGGCAUACAGAUGAAAAUUUUGGCUGUCAACGUCUCAACAGAGUAAACUCAAAUCUAAUUCGACUCUGCACAUCGAUACCUGACAAAUUUGGAGUAACAGAAAGCAUGAUAGCUCCCUUCCUGGAAGGUUUCACAUUAUCCGAAGCCAUUGCAAACAAUCGCGUGUUUAUUACAGAUCUAGAAAUACUUGAAGGAAUAGAUUGCCAAAAAGGACUUCAUUGUACUGUUCCACUUUGUCUGUUCUUUGUAAAUGGUAAAGGACAACUCAUGCCAGUAGCUAUCCAACUGUACCAACAGAAAGGACCCGAUAAUCCAGUGUUUCUUCCCAAUGACCCGCCCUAUACUUGGAUUGCUGCCAAAAUGUGGUACAAUCUUGCUGAUUGCCAUUACCACCAGGGAGUUGCACACUUAGGGUGUACUCAUUUGAUAAUGGAAGGAUUUUGGAUAGCAGCGAACAGAUGCCUUUCUCCGUCACACCCAGUGUAUAAACUUCUAGGCCCUCAUUGCUAUGCACUUCUUGCAGUUAACACGCGUGGUUUUGACGCCCUGCUGCGUCCGGGGGGCUAUGUGGACAAAACGAUGGCGCUCGGAAGUGAUGGUUUGGCUGAGCUUAUGGCGCGAGGAAUAGGCCAAUGGCGUAUGAAUAUGGAAGGAGAUUAUCCAGAGUUUUUGAAACAAAGAGGGGUGUACUGUAGAGACGGAUCCAUUCUUCCAACCUUCUACCAACGUGAUGACUCCUUGGCGAUAUAUGAUGUCAUCCGUAGCUACGUCACCGACUACGUCAGUCUCUACUACGAUACAAGUGAGAAAUUGCUCAAUGAUGCUGAAAUACAAAACUUUGGUCAAGAACUUUUCAAACCAAAAUCUGAAAACGGCUGUGGAAUUUUAGGACUUCCUUUUGAGAAUGGUCGGUUUACUUCAGUUGAUGAACUUGUUGUUUUCCUGACAAGCAUGAUCUUCACAUCUAGCGUUGUUCACGCAGCUGUCAACUUUGCUCAAUAUGAUACAUACGGGUAUUUCCCAAACUAUCCUCCAAUGCUCAAAGGACCUCCACCCAAAAAUAAGAACCCUUUAGAAGAAAAGGAUAUUCUAAACAUUCUCCCGGACAAGAGUGUAAUUUUAGAAUCAAUGCUUAUCACCAAAAUUCUAAGUGGAAGGAGCGUGAAUUCCAUUGGUGAUUUUGAAAUGACCUACACGUAUGACCCAGCUGCGGCUCAGAUAAUAGACAAGUUCAGAGAGGAUUUAAAAUCUGUCAGCAGAAAGAUUCACCAGAGAAACGAUAAAGUGGAGAACAAAUACGAUUACCUUUUGCCAGAAGGAGUCCCGAACUCAAUAAGUGUAUAAUCUCCAUUGCGUUUGGUUAAUUAAGCAAAAAAAAAAACAACAACGAAAUGAAAGCAAAAAACCCAAA